UACCGCUCAGCUAGCUAGCACGUCCGUCAAUCGCCGCCACCCUGCAGCAUGAAUGGAAAUGAGCACUGGAGAAGUCAUCAGGCUUGGCUUGCACUCCGCCAAGUGGUGUACAUAUUUACACCACUUCACAUGAUCUUCCACGAACGUGUAGGAAAAUAGUAAAUCUACGGCUGUUUUUUUUUGUUUAGAUCCGCUUCAGCGGAGAUUGCUCUCAGAAUGAAACGCUGGUGCUGGCGGGCUGCCACUGUUGCGUUAGUGCUACUCGAAGCCUGACGCAGAUCAAACGUGAUUCUGAAAAGUGUCGUUCCGGUCGCAGUCGGUCGUGCUUCCUGAUGCGAGCGUUGAGAUUGUGAACCGUGCUGUUCGGCGUCCGCCCGGUACUGGAUCCGGUUUUUAGGGGGUCUCCAUGCCAGUGGGUAUACCACAUGAAUGAACGAAAGUGAAAUGAAUAAAUAUUUGUGUGGGACCAAAGACCUCUUCUGAGGCGUUUCGGCAACAAUAGAGAAAGGUAAACAGAGAGGCGCGACGACGACGACGCGACGUGUUGCUUGAGUCAUCCACACCGGGUUAGUUCCGACUACGAAUUUGGGGAAAGAUGUGGGUCAGCGGUGAUAUCGAUGUCUUCGGAUAAAUAUGAAUGUUCGAAUAUGUUCCCAAGGCUGAGUAACGGACACGCUUGAACGGCGAAUCUCAACUCAGUUGCGAUCGGACUACAAGUCACUUAGGUAAUCUGCAUCUUCUGUCGUGCGUAGCGGGUGGUCAUGCGUUGUACCGGUAGUGCUCUCAGGUGGACAGAUAGUCAUUAAGAACAGCCGUAGAAGAAAAUGAGUAGUGUCACAAAGAAACGAAGGUUUUUGCUACCCUUGGUUGUGAUCGUACUAGUGCUCGAAAUCGGGGUGGCUCGGUCAGGGGACAUAACCGAUCGGACAUCCAUGCUGGAUAGUGACAUGAUGAGAAACGUGUUCCAUUCGAUGCGCAAGUGGGUGUUCAACAUGGUGGGCAAGACGGGACUGCGGACGCGGGGGCACUUCCUACAAGACAGAAUUCCAGACGAUUUGCCGUUUCCAUGCAACGUAUCGCUGGGUAGAAGCCGGAGAACGCCGAAAAGUGUGCAUAAGCUGCGGCCAGGUGACGUCAGUGUAAUAGCUGCCAUGGGGGAUUCACUAACCGCAGCCAGCGGUGCCUCGUCCACGAACGUAAUGGACCUCUACAUGGAGAACCGUGGCCUUGCUUGGAGCAUCGGAGGUCAAUGGAAUUGGCGCAACGUAACGACACUGCCAAACAUUCUGAAAGAAUUCAAUCCUAAGCUCGUCGGCUACUCCCUGGGCGAUGCCUAUCCGUUCCAUCGCGAGACGCAGUUCAACAUGGCCGAAAUAGGUGCAGUUUCGUACGACAUACCAUUCAUGGCACGUUCGCUGGUGAAGAGAAUCCGUUCCGACCCAAGGGUGAACUUCAAGCGGGACUGGAAGAUGGUCACCAUCACCAUUGGAGGGAACGACAUAUGUUCGUUUGUGUGCGCUAUGGAACGUCCCGACGAUCUGCCACAGAAACAUCGGUUGCGGAUGAUCCGAGCACUUCGCUAUCUGAGGGACAAUAUGCCGAGGACUUUCGUGAAUGUCGUUUCAGUGCCAUCUGUGGAAACGGUAGUAUCACUGGAGUCCAAGCCGGGGGUGUGCCAUACCCUUCACCACGGUGAAUGUUCCUGCUGGGUUGGGAGAGCUUACAAUCAGACUGAUGACUCCAGGCAUCGAUGGAAAACGAUCCAGGAAGCCAUGGUUAGGGUAGAGCAGGAAGUCGCAAAACUGGACGAAUUUCGACGGUUAAACGAGUUUGCCGUUGUCUACCAGCCGUGGUCAACACACAUAUCGCUCAAAAUGAACGGCAGAGAUGUGGACUACUCCCUGUUGGCAUACGAUUGUUUUCACAUGAGCCAGAAAGGAAACGCGUAUGCUGGCACCGCGCUAUGGAACAAUCUGCUGGAGCCGGUGGGAAAGAAGAGUCUCAACUGGCGACCACUGUUCGAAAAUUUCAGAUGCCCCACCGAAAAGACGCCCUACAUCUACACCUACGAUAAUAGCUAAGACCCUGCCGAAACCGAACACUGAACGACCCACCCAGCGUUGCAUUCGUGUAUUCCUCGCCCACAGUGAGCACUUUAAUUUAAUUUAAUUUAUUCCACCAAACCGUUGCAAUGUAAGAAUGUCAGACAGUAGGUUUCAGCGUACCUUGCCGUCAGCUUGAUUGAUUUCAAUUAGAGUCGUAAGUUAGGUAAGCCCAAUAAAACUGUACUAAUUGUGCAUCUAAACUCGACCCGCGUGCAAGAACACUUGAUCGAAAAGAAACCUCCGUGGAAUCGUUCAAUUGCAGCUUGGAUUAUGGUAGGAUCCCGUUGGUUGCCCACCGAAAAAGACAACCUCGCCUGUGUAAGUAUGGGAA